CAGAGAGAGAGGAGGAGGAGGAGAGAGCCGCGUUACUGCGCACAGUGGGCCCGCACGCUCCACUCAUCACUGAAGACAAAACAACAAGUACGAAAAACACGACAUUGUUCACUGACGGGGGGAAGAAAGCUUCAAAUAAGCCCUGCUGAGCACUAUUUUCUCCGGGAGAAGUGAAUAUUUAUCCAGCAGCCUGUGAAGGAGGCAGGUCGGCGGAGGAUCGGCGGCGCGUAGGGAGGAGAGGAGGAGAAGGAUCGUACGCUGAACCGCGCGGUUUAGAGUGAAGAGAAACUGUGUUUCUAAACCAGAAAAAGGAACCGAAUUGAUCACCCCGGAUGUAUAAUGACUUGUUCCUGACAGCACGGAUCGUGGCUGGACUGUGAACUAAAGAAGAGGGUUUAAAGUUGGAGGUCUAAUAGGCGCACCCUGCAGACAACAGGACCCGCAUCUUCAUAUUUUGCGUUUUUACGCAAGCACUUGUGGACUUUACAGCAACAAAAGAAAUACUUUUGCCUGCUUUAACAGAACCAGAGGACAUUUUUGCGGUUGAAAGUGUUUUUUUUCCUUCUGUCUGGGAUGGUUAAUAUGUGCAUGAGAGCGGAUUUACAUGACUGGGAUAAGUUGUGAUUUUUUUUUAUCACACUAACGUCAACACCAGAAGCUUUCUUUUAAAACUGUAAAACCAAAGACAUCAGUGUGCGUAAGGAUCCUAGAUUUUUCCUUUGUUGAUAUAACUGAGAAAAGAAAUACCUCAUAAUUUAUUAAACCUGGAAAGUCAAUAACCAUUUUGAACUCCCAAAGGAAAGUUAAACAUUGUCUUUUGUGGCAGACUCUGGCUUCUACCCCUAUUUCCUCUCUAUACUUCCAAAACAAAUAAAAAAGGAGGAUAACACCUGAAUAGUUUCCAGAACUAUUGAGCAAAGGCUUUACCUUCUUUGUUUUCCCAAAUAAUGAGGAUUGAGACGGUAUAAAACCGGUUUAAGACACUCUUCGGUGUGGAUUAUCACCGCUUCUAUUACCUCAGACUGACCUCGACCUUCACAAAGUAGCAGAGUGCAGAAGGCUGGAACAAUGCCAGAUUCACCUGCGGAUGUGAAAACCCAGCCCAGGUCCACCCCACCCACCAUGCCUCCUCCACCCCCGGCUGUCAGCCAAGCAAGCAAUCGUAACGCCUCAUUCACACCUACUACCAGUAAAUCAAUGCUGAACGGGAGCAGCCACUCUCCUACAUCACUCAACGGUGCUCCUUCCACUCCAAACGGCUUCAGUAAUGGGCCAGCCAUGUCUUCAACGGCCUCGCUCUCCAACCAGCAGCUUCCGCCAGCCUGCGGUGCCCGGCAACUGUGUAAACUGAAGCGCUUCUUGACCACGCUGCAGCAGUUUGGGAACGAUAUAUCGCCUGAGAUCGGGGAGAGAGUGCGUAGCCUGGUGCUGGGGCUUGUGAACUCUACUCUUACCAUUGAAGAGUUUCACUCCAAACUUCACGAGGCCACCAACUUCCCUCUGAGGCCGUUUGUCAUUCCUUUCCUAAAGGCAAACCUGCCCCUGCUGCAGAGAGAGUUGCUGCAUUGUGCCCGGUUGGCCAAACAAACUCCGGCUCAGUAUCUAGCCCAACACGAGCAGCUUCUCCUGGACGCCAACGCCAGCUCGCCCUUAGAUUCGUCUGAGAUAAUGCUGGAGAUGAACGAGCACGGCAAGAGGAGAACCCCUGACAGGACCAAAGACAGCUCAGACAGAGACAGCAUCCACCCGGAGCACCUGGCUAAGAGACCCUGCACGAUCAGCCCCAGCCAACGCUUCAGCCCCAGCACAGGUCUUCCUGCUCAUCCGCCCCCCAACGGUCUCUCCACGCACCCUCCCAACGGCCUCUCUCACCCACCCAACCCCCAAAUGGGACCCCAGCACUAUCGACUAGAAGACAUGGCUCUGGCGCACCAAUACAGAGACGCUUACAGACAUAAUGAACACCGCGAAGCCCGAGACAGACACCGGCAGACAGCAGUGCAUGGAGCCCGCCAAGAGGAGGUGAUUGAUCAUCGUCUCACAGAUCGAGAAUGGGCGGAAGAAUGGAAGCACCUUGAUAAUCUCUUGAACUGCAUCAUGGACAUGGUGGAGAAGACGCGCCGCUCCUUGACGGUGCUGCGCCGCUGUCAGGAGGCCGACCGCGAGGAGAUGAACCACUGGAUCCGGCGCUACAGUGACGUGGAGGAGAUGAAAAAAGGUGGGAGCAACGGACAGCACUGCCUUCCUCCUCCUCCUCUUCCUCCUCCUCCUACUCCUCACCACAACUCCUCCUCCAACACAGCUAGCAGCAGCGAGUCACUGCCCAUAGGAACUUCCUCGGCUGCUGAAAGGCAGACAGGCAGACAGACAGAAAUCCACAGAGACUUCUUACACAGGCCCCCUUCAGGAUACCUGCCUGAAGAAAUCUGGAGGAAAGCUGGUACGACAAGCAUCCCGCUCUCCCCAGCACUAAAGCACCUCCAAAACAGGCAGGAGGAGGCCGUCAAUGAGGUGAAGCGACAGGCGAUGUCAGAGCUGCAGAAGGCAGUGUCAGACGCAGAGAGGAAGGCUCAUGAGAUGAUUUCAGCCGAGCGCUCGAAAAUGGAGAGGGCACUUGCUGAGGCUAAGAGACAAGCAUCUGAGGAUGCAUUGACGGUCAUCAACCAGCAGGAGGACUCCAGUGAAUCUCACCAGAGCUGCUGGAACUGCGGGAGGAAAGCCAGUGAGACGUGCAGCGGCUGCAACACGGCUCGCUACUGCGGCUCCUUCUGCCAACACAAAGACUGGGAGAAGCACCACCACGUCUGUGGUCAGGGCCUGCAGGGACUGCCUGGGGGCAGCAGUGUGCCUCUUGGCACCCCCUCCUCUUCCUCCACCUCCUCCUCAACGUCCUCCAGUGCGCCCCCCACCCACUCAGAGAGCACCCCUCCAGGACCCUUGUCCCUUGUGGGGCCAAGCAGUAUUGCAGCAGGGGCCGGCAGCGGCAGUGGAAGUGUGUCCGCCAGCCCGAAGGAGAGCAGUUCCAGCAGUGCCUCUCGCUCCACGACUCCAGCUACCCCCGCUCUGCUUGACGCCACCUCUCGCUGACGUCUGACCCUCGUUCCUCCCCUGCAUACUGACGCGACAGUGCUUACUCUCCACACAAAACCAAACUGAGGAAUCUUCAUCACACUACUCCCCUUUCUCUUCUAGUUUUCCUCUUAUGAUAAGCUCUUCUGAAAAUCUUUUCACUACCUGAUGACAGACGGUCACCCUCUCCCCAAACACGCAUCCUGUCUUUGUCUCUGUAAUGGCCACACAUACAAAGAUUCCAAUCUGGGGUUCAGUGUAGUGGAAAGCAUGAAAACUGUCUCCUUUUGCUGUGUUCGGUCACAGAAACAUAUCAAAUGUGUUUGACUUGAAGCUAUGAUGAUGUUCCCUCAGUAAUGUAAGCAUGUUAAACACACUGUCCACCAGAGGACACAAGACAAGGGCUGUGGUAAGGAAACCUUGAUCGGGGAGGGUUUAGUAGGCCGAUUAGCACUUGGAUUGGAUUUCCCUUUAAUUUAGCCCUGAGAUGUGCACUAUCAGUCCAAACAGUUCACUGAUGUGGCACUUAUUCUGCAGUGUCCUUACAGAAACAGAAAAGGAACAUCAUACCUUUACAAUGAAUGAGGGAAGGGAAAAACCUGUGAUGUGAUUAAUUCCUCAGAAACACAGCUUAGUAUUUAUUAAAUGUUUCUUUCUGGCUUUAAGGGAAAAUAAGAAAGUCCAAAUAUUCUAAGUAAAGAAUAAUAGUGAUGCCGAUGAUGAUAACAAUAAUGAUAUGAGAAUAAAUUAACUUUAAACUGCUAACUACCUUGCUAGCGAGCCAAGAAAAUCUACACCGGACUCACCUCUCUGCACCAUUGUAAACCCAAAUGAAUUCAAAGAUGAAAAAUAACAUGAUCCAAACCUUUGUAUUACACUGCCAAAGUGAGUAAGUAAGCGAUAAGGAGAAGCACUCAUAACCAAACGCAAAGCAACAUCACCUCCUCAGCAGAUAAGCCAGCCCUGAGAGGACUGGGCUGCAGAGAGGCUGCAGGACGGGACCCAGAGAUAGUCAGACAUUUAAAAGAAAAUAACAAAACUGUGAACAGCUUUGAUCUGCAGCCGCCUCCUGCAGUCUGGACAGAAGUACAGCGAUUCCUCGGCGAUGGCCCAGACUCGUGAAUAAGGACUAUGCUGUGAACUUGCCUACUAGAAAGACUAAAGGAAAUGGAUGGAAACCCUGCCACAGUGUGAUUUUUUAGCGAAUGGUAACAGAGAGGACAGAGAGAAAAGAAGAGGGAAGGAAAAGCUACACAGCCUCAAAUGAGAUGAAGAUACAAAUAUGGCAAUGGAGCUGCCAAAAAACCUCAAAAACAAGCUUGAAAACAUUGUCUGAGAAGGCAUUGCAUUCUAUGGGAAGAUUGUUUGUAAGUCAUUUUUUUAAAAGCUCCACCAUGGGGAGAUAUUUCAAGGAAUUGCUGUUACCUUUACAUUCACUCCCUCCUUUUCCAAAGCAUGAUAAACAGAGUCUAGUGAAGGGUGGUGUAGACUUCCUCUCUCUUUCUACCUCCCUUCACCCCACACCUCCCUUCAACGUCCCACCCCCGACUACUUGACUCAAGUCUCCCCCCUCUCCCUCAGCCUGCUUUGGACAGAGCCUCAGAGCAGUCACGUGGGAAGGGUUCGAACCUUCUUGUAGAUAUUGUUCCUCUUUUCAAAUUUCAAUAAUGUCUCUUGUCGCUGAUGUCCAUAUGUGCUGCCCUUGUGUAUAUCCAGAAAGAUGGACUUUGUUUUGGUUUUGUUACCUUUCAGUUUCCUCCUUUAAGUUUGGGCUGAGCAGUGAAGUCUGAGCGAGGAGGAAGCCCCACAUUUGACUUAUUGUUUGAUUUGUUGUAUCUAUAUUGAUGAGAUGAAACCCCUCUUGUAGAAUAUUUUGUAUUGCUCGCAUUGUAAGACAGUGAGAGGACGGAGGUGCAAUAUGAAGAGAAUUCAGCUACUGAAUGGAACCUCAGCAACUGCCCAUAGGGUGUCAUAUAAUAUAGAUACAUAUAAAUAUAUUUAAAGUAACAUCAGUAACUUAAUGUGAAUGUACAUAGUAUUUAAAGAGGUCCAAAAAUGUGUUUGCCAAAUAACAGAAACCUUUAAACUUUAAUGUCAAGAAUAUGAUUUUCCCACAGUUCACUAGUUUCUCAAUUUUACCAAUUCCCCCUGUUUCUUCCAGUUAAACACCUUUAAUUUUCAGUCAAUUCAAAGUGUCACAUGGACCCUAAAGUGGAUGCAUACAGGACCACAAUGCAUGCAGUUGAAAGUGGAUGAAAACAAAUGAAGGGUGAAUGAACAUAACCAUACUUCAAAGUCAACUUAAACAUAAGAAAUGUAUUCAUAUGUGUCGUAAGUCCUCUGAAUUUGGUCUAGGAUGGCACAAUUGGACUGAAUUAAAUCAAUGUUGGUUGCUUCAUUUACCUGACAUCAGUUUGCAUCCUGCAUGAGGGGGCUCAAUUGAUUGUUGUUUCCAAAAGAAACCCACAUAUCAGAAUUAUGAAAACAACUAAAAGGCUCGGUUUCAUGAAAUUUAGAAAUUGCCUGACUUGAUAUAUCAUGUCAAGUGUUCCGUUUGUCACCAUCCUGUACUGACCCUCUCUCCUGUCCUCAUCAACCUGUGUGUUUGAGUCUUUGUUUCCCCCAAGGUGCAGGAAAACCCAUUUCAGUAGAAUUAGGUUACAUGCCAGUGUUAAGCUACAGUAAAAGUCCAAACUAAUUUUUGAUACACAAUCUUUAGGGUCCCUGUAAAGUGAUAAAAAAUCUGUAUUUUAGCUUUGUUGUAUGACAAGCACUGUUAUGAACCACCGGGCGAAAUAUCAGUCAUGAAAAACAACUCUUAGGUAAUCAAAUUAAGCUUCAAAAUCAUGAGCAAUGAGCCACUGAGUAAUAUCAGCUGAAAACACUCCAUUUCCUGGUGUUGCUCUUCAAAAUAAGUCCUCAAUAAUGAUAAGCAUAGGAGGUUUUUAUUGUGACAGACUUGGCAGGAACAGAACAUGUCUAUCAUCAGACAGUUUACUAAACUUAAGUAUCACAGUGCCAUCAGACAGGAGGGAAUAAACUGUUGCUGCUUUGAGAGAGACAAAGCCAUGGCCUGCUUCCUUUAAUCAUCCAGGACUAAAGACAGUGAAAUAUGGAUAAAGCACACCUUCAGCUGAUGAGAUGUUUGUCCCUGCUGCAUCUGGUUCAAGUAAAAAUUAUACAACCACUUCAGAAAUUGGUCUGUCCCCUGACCUGAGUGCAGCUGCCUGGUCCGUUUUGUGGCUUAAAUCUCUCUAUUUGAAUACUUUUCAUGAUCCAUAGGCUACUUUGGCUGAUAGAUUUUGCAAAAUUAUCUCACAAUGAAUAAAAAAAUGCAUUUAACUGAUUUUAACUUUUAAUGAAGGGAGUGAAAUAGGCUAACAACAGACUGUAUUGAGAUUGACAGCUUGCGGAUUUUAUGUCUUUGUAGCAUUAGGGGGUGGGGUAAUUCCCCAUAGGCCCCGGUGACAUUAUGAGUCCCUGUAUUUGCCCUACCCAAAUUAAACUAAGCCAGGAAAGAGGUGAAAAACUUUACAAACAGUCUAAAUCCAAAAUUCAGUAACACACAGAUCUCAGUGUUUUCAUGUGUUUACAGCAACAUUGUUCCAAUAUAUCUAGUGUGUGAAGACAAAUUUUGGAUUUCACUUUACAGGGACUUUAAACAUUGCUUUUCCACUCUGUAUUGUGUACUUGUUAUCUGGCAUAAGCUAAGAACAGAUGUUUUCUUAAGCCAGCAAAGUGGCGGCAUCUUUUUCCCACUUGAUCAGAAAAUUCACCACCUCUGGUAAACAUGCACGUAAAACAAUGCCUUCAACUUCAGCCACACUAGCAGUCACACAUUUAUACUGCUCAUUAUUAAUCCUUUGUGGUGGGUGUUGGGCCUCAUACACACUUGGACCAAACUUUUUUUUUUUCUUUUUGCAGCAAAUGACAAAAAAAACAAAAAACAAAACAGCUUUCUGUUCAUCAACAGAUUGCUAUAAGUAAGGAUUUUUAACUGGGAUAAGCUAAAGGUAGCCCUGCAUCUGUGUUUGGCAUUUCUGUAUGUGUGUUAUAACUUCUGUGACCCUCCCAUGAUGUCAAAUUCCUCCACAGACCACUCGUCAGUACCCCGUCACACUAGCUACCUCCUGUGACCAUACAGCUAACCACCAGGAGAGGUUGACCUGGACUUUUAAAAGCUGGGCUAAGAGCAGACAUGGAACAGCACAUCCAGAGAGAAAACGAUGAAGGGUUAAAAGGAAAUGCCAUUGCUGAUACUGUAGAUGAAUUUUUACUCUCACCAAACUUCACCUUUUAAAUAUCCAACAACCAAACUGAUACUGCUGGAGUUACGUAUGAGGUGCAGUUAAACUUGCAAAUUACACAACUGAGCACAGACUAAACCAUGACAUGCCAUUUGUCGUCCAAAACCAAUAAAAGCACAGACCAAAGUACUCCUGCAUUGCCAUAUUGUGGCUUUGACACAGUGUGUAUUAACAGACCAGAAAUAAUAAGGUUAGAGCUUCACUACACCACUUAACCAAAGUGUCUGAGAUACACACGAUCAGGGCAGAAGAGCAUAGAGCGCGCUGAAUUAACUGGCUGAGUUUCAAAUGUGUAGACUUCUUUUUCAAGCAAUCAAAGCGCUUGUUGGCUACACAUUGAAUAGUGCUUCUGUCAAAAAUAAUAGGAGCGUUUCCUUUUGGAAAAGGCCUACUGAUAGUGUGUUGUUACAGUUUCAAAGCCUUGCAGAGAUAAAACGUCUACAUGCUGGGUGUGUGCUUGUGUGUGAAUGAUGGCGCGUGUUUUUGUAUUAAAAAAAAAAAAUCUUUUCUUUUCAUGUCUCUGUAUAAACUACUUGAAAUCUUCAUAGCUUUAAUGAAACAUCCCAGACAGACUAUGGUGGCAGAUCGAUUCACAAUAUGUAGCAGUGAUACACCGCUUUACGACAAUUGUAAUGGCCGCUCCUUUUAACUCUAAGUGCUUUGUUUGUGCCUUCUUGUCUGCAAUAAGCCCUCAACUAAACUAAACAAAACCAAAUCCAACACACCUGUUAUAAAUGACCAAAAUGCAACCAAAAGCUACAACUUUACCCUUCAGAUUACACUUUGGUUAUGUUCUUUGUGUCCGUUAUUAUAGCACGAAACACAAGAUUUGUGCUGAGGUGUCAUACAUUUUUCUCUGUGAAAUCUUAUUGAUGGCAAACGCAUAAGGGCUGUGCUGUUGUGAAUACCAUCCAAGGGUCUCUGAACACUUAACAUCAGCCAUGUUUCUAUUUGUUUAUGUACAUGGAUAUGGGCAUGUUUAGAAAAGACAAAUAUUAGCAGGUUGGCAUUUGUCUGCACCCCCCCUUCCCCGACCAACAAUUCUACCAAUGAAGAUUCAAGGCUCAUCUGAUGUGAUGCUGACUCGUCCUUCCUGUGAAACAGGCACUGAUGAACGGCUACAGUUAAAAGCUAAAGAGACAAGUUGAUAGUGCACUUGUUUUGCCUAAAGCCAUGGCUCAGGAUGGUCCUGUUUUUAAUUUUACAUGAAUUGAAAGAGGUUUUAUAUGUCUAGGGAAGCAUUCUAUACUGUAUUGUGCAAUACAUUAUUACAGAAAAAAAAAACAUUUCUGUAGGAAAGGUUGGCGCUUCAAAGAUCUUUCUCCUUUCGUUUCAUUUCCCUCUUCAAAAGACCCUGUUGCCGUUUUUAGAUGAAGUUAAUUGUGCCAGAAGAAUUCAAUUCUUAUUUGUAUUUAUUUCUUGCAUGCUUUCCUCCCUGUUGCUAAUACCGCUCUUUAACUGUUCGCUCUGUUGGAUGUGUGAAGCUGUAAAACAUUCUAAUUCAGGUUAUUGUCUGUGUUGAACAAUGUAACUGUGUAAUUAAA